ACACUUAUACUCUAGCUAACUUGGCUACUUGCCCUAGCCCCUUAAAUAUAAAACCUUAUAAAUUCAACUAUUCAAUUCAUAAUCAACAAUAACAAAAAAAAAGGGUCACUUUCUUAUAUUUCUCUCGAAAAAUUAUUCUACUAGUAGAGUGAUUGAGUUUAUGUUUUAAAAAAAAAACAUGGAGUUCAUACAAAUCAAUCGAAUGAUGAAAGUUGAAGCAAUUUUGAGAUUAUUUGCUUUGUCAACACUUUUAAUGGCUGCCAUAAUUAUGAUUACAGACGUCCAAACCAAGGUAUACUUUGGUGUGUUAAAAAUGAAAGUCAGCUACAAAUUGACUGUUAUUUUAAAAGUAUCGUUGUACACUUAUUUCAUUGGCGCCGGGUACAAUUUACUUCAACUAGUUCGAUGCUUGGCCUUCACUGAUAAUAAUGCGGGAGAUAAACUAAGCUUGUCCAACCAUGUCCUAAAAUGGUCUUAUUUCUUGCUUGAUCAGGUGGUAGCGUACGUUGUUUUUGCUAUAAUGUGUGCCUCGACCCAAAUAGCAUUCCUCGCGCUAUUUGGGUCCCAUGAUCUUGAAUGGAUGAAACUAUGUAGCAAAUAUGUAAGGUUUUGCGUUCAAAUUGGUGGAUCCAUAGCUUGUGGUGGUGUUGCAUCGAUCUUACUAGCUGCUAUUUCGGGCAUUUCAACCUUCAAUUUGUUUAGAUGGUAUUCUCCAAACUUCUUGUGCUUAAAGCCUAAGAAGAUUGGUAUAGUAGCGCCGCCUUCUACUCGCUAAUAAGCUAGCUACAUACAUGAAUUAUGUUGUUGGUAUAAAGACAUAAUUCGAUGUACAAUAAUUUAUGUAUACCUACAAUAUAUAAAUACAUAUGUAUACGAUGUAUUGGUUUAGAUAUAUGAGUACUAUUAGUUUAUAGACGUGAUGUGACAAUUUUCUCCACAAAAGAAGUGUACAUAGAGUUAAUAUUGUACUACGUUACUACCUUGAUGCCUUGUGUUCGGACCGGAAGGAAUGGGGUGGUUGGUUACUACAGUAUUAAUUACUAAGGAUGUACAUGAUUUUAUUCUUAGCUUGUUUAUCGUGUUGUUAAAACUUAAAAGCUCGAUAAUUUUAUUCUCCUUUUGACUUUCUUGUAAAUAUUCUGUAAAUAUUCCUCAUUUAUAUCAUUAUUAUAUGCC